AACACCCCCCUACAAGUGAGAGGAAUCACAGUUAUUCAAUUCCCAUUGAAGAGAGACGGAGAAUGUUACAGAUCCCAUCGGACAAUUUGCUCAUCAAGAAGACUUUGGAGGAGCUAUUCGAGUCCCCAACUGCGGUGGACAGAAUCGUGUCCGACUUUGACUAUACAACUUAUCACAUUUCCACGCCUGAAGAAAAGACCAAGCUGCUCAUCUCGAUACAGAGUAAGGCCUUCAAGGACUGCGCCAAAUACGGCGCGUUGGAGAAGCUGAAGUCGGUGUAUGCUGCGUACGAGUCCCCUACAAUUGAGCCGGGCUAUGACUUCUCCCUAUACUUGGAUCUCGGGUCAAUCUCUGGGUUGGAGGCUCAAAAUGAGGUUAUUGAAUCGAUCUCACUGUUGAAGAGAAACAUGUUGGCAGCGCCUUUCGACGCCGCCUUUGAAGAGUACGAGAGACUCAGUGCUAAGCACCAGGAGACUGGCGUUGAACCGGAGACACGCUCCUCUGUUUACGAGAUCAAUUACAGAGACGAGGAGGCUAUCUAUAUACAGCCUUCCUUUGAUAGAGUCACUGUGAUCUUCUCAACCGUCUUCAAGGAUGAAACUGACAAGAUCUUUGGCAAAGUGUUCCUACAAGAGUUUGUUGACGCGAGAAGAAGAGCCGUCCAAAAUGCACCACAGGUGUUGUACUCUCACAAGGAGCCUCCUUUGGAAGUUCGAGACAUGAUCAAGUACAGCCCUGAUGAGAAGAAGGGUUACAUCACUUUUGUUCUUUUCCCAAGACAUUUGGUUCCACAGAAGAGAGACAACACCAUCUCCCAUAUCCAGCUGUUCAGAAGCUACUUCCAUUACCAUAUCAAAUGCUCAAAGGCGUACAUGCAUUCGAGAAUGAGAUUCAGAGUGAACCAGUACUUGAAGGUGUUGAACAGAGCCAAACCUGAGAACGAUGAGGCCGUUGAGAGAAAGACUGCAACUGGAAGACGUUUCCAGGAACGUUAG